AUGGCUCUCAAACCUUCUGGGGUCCUCAGACCCUCUGAGCUCGCUCACCUGGUCCUUCGCUCGAAUGACGCCAAGAGGCUGGUCGAAUUCUACACCAAAUUCCUCAACGCCCGCGUGGUUCACUCGAGCGAGCUCAUCACCUUCUUGACCUGGGACCACGAGCACCACCGCCUGGCGAUUCUCAACGACCCGACCGCGGUACCGAAGCCGGAAAACGUGUGCGGCAUGGACCACUUCGCCCUCACUUUCGACUCUCUCGGUGACCUGCUGCAGUCGUACCGCUCCAGGAAGGAGAUGGGGAUCGAGCCGGCCUACUGCGUGCACCACGGCAUGUCGACGAGCAUGUACUACCGCGACCCGGACGGCAACAAGAUCGAGACGCAGGUGGACGCGUACGAGAAGCCGGAGGACGCUUUGGAGUUCAUGAAGAGCGCGGAGUUUGCGAAGGAUCCCAGGGGCCCGAGGUUCGAUCCGGAGGAGAUGCUGAGGAGGUUCGAGGCGGGCGAGGAUGAGAAGGAUUUGAUCCUGAGAGGCUCUCUCCCCUUGGUGACUGCCGAGGUGAAGGCUUCCGCGUAG